AUGAGUGCUCGCAGUCGUCCGGCGCGCGACAUCGAGGCGCCAGUCCAAGCCCCUCCACCACCGCCCCCUGUCCCAACCACACCCACACCACCUUCUGUCACACGCCCCAGACGAGAAAAGAACCAGAAUCGAGGUCGAUUUACUUCAUCCACAGCGGCAGCACUUGCGCUGCAACAGGGCGAUGGAUAUAAACCGCGAGAGGAGCGCGGGUGGGAGGAGUUUCACCCCGACUUGGACAUUGAUGGCAAACUUGCCGUGUUCAACGCCGAGGAGGUGGAUACUACCGACCCCUCAACUCCUGCCUUGAGUCUGGAGUCGCUGGCUGGCGCAACUCUCCAGGAUAGCUCAGGAACGCCCAUCGUUCUUUCGGCGGACAUGGCCUCGCCCAUCCCCUUCAAGCGCAAGCCUGGGCGUCCGCCACGCCGCCCUGAAGCCAUUCUCAAUGCACUCCUGGCUCAGCAAGGACCCAAAGUGAUUCCGCCACCAGGACCCAAUCCUCGAGAGAGAUUGACGCUGCCGAAGCCCGCGUUUCGAGUCCGUGAUCCUUUUACUUUCUAUGAGCACAAGGGCGUAGGACAACAAAACUACGUUGAUCGGACUAUGGCCAGCGUGGGGUAUCAGGAAAGCGAUUUGUUUCUGCGUCAUGACCGACGCUUUAUUCGAAUGACCGAAGGCGCCCAAGAAGACGAUUUGGAUGUUAUUCAACCCUCAAUGACCGAGGGCGACGUCAAUGCCACGACCGGGCGCGUGGAGUAUGAUAUGGACGAGCAAGACGAAAAAUGGCUGGAAGAAUACAAUUCCAAACGGAGAGAAGAUCAGCUCGAACCUAUCAAGCCGGCGAUCUUCGAGAUCACCAUGACUAAAAUCGAGAAAGAGUGGCAUGCGCUCGAGAAGCGAAUUCCCAAGCCGAAUCCCAAACCACCGCAGACCCACCGCCCUCGCUCCAGCUCUGCGGCCGCUGUCAACGGCGAGACCGUUCCACCCGGGGAAGAACAGGAUAGCAAGUGCGCUAUUUGUGAUGACGGGGACUGCGAGAACUCGAACGCCAUUGUCUUUUGUGACGGCUGCGAUCUUGCUGUUCACCAGGAAUGCUAUGGCGUGCCGUUCAUCCCCGAAGGCCAGUGGCUUUGCCGCAAGUGCCAACUCUUAGGAAGGGGGACGACCAACUGCAUCUUCUGCCCGAACAUCGAAGGUGCAUUCAAGCAGACCACUUCAUCCAAAUGGGCUCAUCUUCUCUGCUCUAUCUGGAUUCCGGAAGUCUCGAUUGGCAACCCAUCUCUCAUGGAGCCGGUGACCGACGUUGAAAAGGUCCCUCGCAGCCGUUGGAAAUUGCUUUGCUACAUAUGCAAGCAGAGAAUGGGCGCCUCAAUCCAGUGCAGCAACAAAAACUGCUUCGUGGCAUUCCACGUCUCGUGUGCACGAAGGGCUCAACUUUACUUGAAGAUGAAGAUCGGCCAUGGGCUCAUGGAUUCUCAUCUUCUCAAGGCUUUCUGUGAUAAGCAUGUGCCACCAGAGUGGCGACUGGAGCAUGGAACCGAUGCGGCGACUGCCGAUGCCAUCGAAUACUACCGCAAUACUAUGCAAGGUCGGCGAUGGGGAGACAGCCAGGCCGCGGCACUUUCUCUGGGACCAGCGCAUCAUGCCGAUGAUGGCGAGGAUGACCGAACUAAUACCCCCCGCAUCACCCUGACGGUAGGCGGGAAUAAGCGGAAGCGAGCUCCCAGGACGGUUUGGAAAUUGCCCUCUGGCGCUCCUGUGAUCCCUCAAGUCGUGUUGAACUCGGUGGUAGCCUCGCUCCAGCGAUUCACUGUUCGUGGCAGAAAGCAGUAUGCCGAGGAUGCGUCCAAGUAUUGGACCCUCAAACGGGAAGCCAGACGAGGAGCAGCCCUACUCAAGAGACUGCAACUGCAGCUGGAGACCUUUUCAUCCAUGGAGAUGACCCGAAGAGACUACGUGGCAAUGGGCGUUCCAGGCUCUCGGCGCCUGCAGCGUCGCAUCGAGUUUGGCGAGCGACUCUAUAAGGAUCUGGAACGACUGAGAGCGCUUUGUGAUGAGGUGAAGAAGCGUGAGAUGGAGAAACUGAAGGAUGCGGAGAUGCUCCGUGGCAUUGUCGAUCUCGUUUACUUCCCCCUGUUCCCACUAUUGUGGCCGAUCUUCGAAAAGGCCCAAACGUUGGACGGGAAGGGGGUUUUCGCGUUCGGGUUACUCUCAAUCCGCAAGCGACUUGAAGAACGUUUUUAUCCAUCCGUCGCGGCAUUCUCCGCAGACUUGGCCAGUCUGUUCACAUCGGAAAUUGGCGUCGAGCCCGCUGGCAACACUGCCGAACUCCAGGCGCAGAUCAGUGGCCGUGCUCCAGAGCUGAGUCUUGAGCAGCGCGAGAAGAGAAAGUUGGCCAAACGAAUCAUCAAAGCCAUUCAGCCAGCCCUGGAAGAUGCGAUUCGCAAGGAGAGCGAGCUGAACCGCAAGCCCUUCGAGAAGGAAUUGAAGGAGUUGGAUGUGAUCUUCGAUCACAGUGUGAUGUCUCGCCGAGAUUCUCUCGAUGCCGAGGGUGACACUGAGCUCGAUUCUGCUCAUCCAGAGAAGACCUUUGAGGGAGCUGAAGAAGCCACCGGGACGGCCGAGACCACUGACCCUAUGGCCAUUGAUUCUGUUCCUCUCCAACCACCUCAUGAAACGGGUGCUGGCGAGACUAUCCCGGCUGAAGCCCCCAGCGCGCAACCUUUGAGACACCCAACUCCUUUGCUCAAAGACGAAGACCAACGAUUGCCUUUGGCACAAGGUGGUGUUCAAUGGUAUAUGCAGCCAUUUGAUCCCACUGGGACGACAGUCUAUGAGGAACGAUGGACAGGACGGGAUGUCAUGCGCGGCAUGAGCGAGGAGCUUAGUGAACUGGAUGAAGACGAACUGAAGGACUUAAUGGAUGAGGAGCCGGACCAGAAGCCUGCCAACAAGCCAUCUGGUUCGCAACAAGUGCGCCGAACUCGUCGUCAACGAGGUUCCAAGUAA